AAUUUGUACGGACCGAUUUGGAUACAGGUGGGCUGGACAAACCCGCCACUUGUUUCCUUUUCGAAGGAAGGUUUGUUUAUCUUUCCAAACGAAUUGAAAGAGGGUUUAUUCCCAUAAAAUCAACACAAAAAAUCACUGUUUUUCCAGGGAAAUAUUAUUAGCCUCAAGUAACAAUAAGUUUCCUAUAAAUCUACGUUUGCGGAAACGUUAGGGUUCUCGAAAAUUGUUUGGGUAAUUGGGACGCCGAUAAAUCGAAGGGUUUCUAUUUAAUUAUAUCAGGGGGUGUUUAUGGAAGAGUCAAAACAUAAAUCUAGAAGCGAAGGUUAUGAAAAAGAAGAAUCGAAGAGGAGUCACGGUGACGGUGAUGAUAGAGCUCGUGGAAAAGAGAGAAAUGGUGAGAGGCAAAGAGAGAAGGGGAGGGAGAGGGAGAAGAGUGUUGAUGAUAAAUAUAGGGACAAAGAAAAGCACAAGGAGAGUCACAAAGAGAAGGACCGGAAAAAGGACAGAGAUAAGGCCAAAUACAGAGAGAGGGAUAGGGAAGAUCGAGAGAGGGAAAGGGAGAGGGAGAAGGAAAAGCGGAGGGAAAGAGAGAGAGCGCGGGAGGAAAGAGAGAGGAAGAAGGAAAGGGAGAGAGAAAGAGAGAGGGAGAGGGAGAGGGAGAGGGAGGAGAGGGAUCAAGAAAGAGAAAGAGAAAGGAGGGAGAGAUACAGGGAAGAUAGGGAGAGGGAGGAGAAGGAGAGGGAGAAAACAAGAGAGCGGGGGAGACGCCGUGAAAUGGUUCGGGCACACAGUAGUGGUGAUGAUGAUGAUGAUUUUAUGGACCGUGAGAGAAAAAGGCGUAGGAGAGAGGAUGAUAAUAAGAACAAGGAUCGCGAGCUAAGCAUCAAGUCCAAUAGGCGCAAGAAUGAUCGUGAAGGCAGUAGCCCUCCAAAACGGGGAGACGCAGACUCAACAGGCAGGAAAGAGAAGAGUUGGGAAGAAGAGUUGGCUGAAGAACAAGUGAGAUUGGAUGAGGAGAUGGAAAAGAGGAGGAGGAGAGUACAGGAAUGGCAGGAACUACGAAGGAAGGAGAAAUCUGAGAGGGAAAAACUUGGAAUUACCACAAAUGUGGAUGAACCAAAGUCUGGUAAGACAUGGACCCUGGAAGGGGAAUCUGAUGAAGAAGAAGCUGGCUUUGAGGGGAAAACUGACAUGGAUGUUGACGAGUCUGGAGCUGCCAAGCCUAUGGAUGAGGAUGGGAAUGGCUUGUCCCUUGACUUCAAGAAUGAGUUUGCAUCUGCUUUUGAGAAUGGAGGUGGCAAUGCUGUUGAGGAUGAUGAAAUUGAUCCAUUAGAUGCUUUCAUGGAUUCUAUGGUAUUGCCUGAAGUUGAGAAGCUGAAUGACCUUGCCCCUUCUGCUUCCACAGAUACACGUCAAAUGGUUGAUAAAUAUAGUGAGCUCAAUGGGGAACAUCCUAAAAAGAAAGGUGCUAGUAAAUUGAUGGGAAGAAUCAUCCCUGGGGAAAAUUCUGAUUCAGAUUCUGGGGAUGUUGAGAACGAUGAAGAUACUCUGGAGGAUGAAGAUGAUGAAGAGUUCAUGAAACGGGUGAAGAAAACGAAAGUUGAGAAACUAUCAAUUGUUGAUCAUUCUAAAAUCGAAUAUCCUCCCUUCCGUAAGAAUUUCUAUAUUGAAGUUAAGGAAAUCUUGAGAAUGACUUCUCAAGAGUUGUCUGCUUAUAGGAAAGAACUGGAACUGAAGAUACAUGGAAAGGAUGUUCCAAAGCCUGUCAAGACCUGGCAUCAGACUGGAUUAACAACAAAAAUAUUGGAGACAAUAAAGAAGCUAAAUUAUGAAAAGCCUAUGCCGAUUCAAGCACAGGCGCUGCCAGUAAUUAUGAGUGGUCGAGACUGCAUUGGUAUUGCAAAGACUGGCUCGGGCAAAACUCUAGCAUUUGUGUUGCCAAUGUUGAGACAUAUAAAGGACCAGCCCCCGUUGAUGCCUGGUGACGGUCCUAUUGGGCUUAUAAUGGCUCCUACAAGAGAACUUGUCCAGCAAAUCCACAGUGACAUCAAGAAAUUUACGAAGGUCAUGGGUCUCAGCUGUGUGCCUGUAUAUGGAGGUUCUGGUGUUGCCCAGCAGAUUAGUGACUUGAAACGAGGGACUGAGAUUGUUGUUUGUACCCCUGGUAGGAUGAUUGAUAUACUUUGUACCAGUGCUGGGAAGAUUACGAAUCUGCGUCGGGUCACUUACUUGGUCAUGGAUGAAGCUGAUCGAAUGUUUGAUAUGGGUUUUGAACCUCAGAUCACAAGAAUUGUCCAAAAUACACGACCAGAUCGUCAAACUGUACUCUUUUCUGCCACUUUCCCUCGUCAAGUUGAAAUUCUGGCUCGCAAAGUGUUGGACAAACCUGUCGAGAUACAGGUAGGUGGGAGGAGUGUUGUUAACAAGGACAUAAACCAAUUGGUUGAGUUAAGACCAGAAAGUGAUAGGUUCCUCAGACUGUUAGAAUUAUUGGGAGAAUGGUAUGAGAAGGGAAAAAUAUUGAUAUUUGUUCACACACAGGAGAAAUGUGAUGCUUUAUUCAGAGAUUUACUUAGGCAUGGAUAUCCGUGCCUCUCACUUCACGGGGCAAAGGAUCAGACUGACCGUGAAUCCACUAUAUCUGAUUUCAAAGCUAAUGUGUGCAAUUUACUGAUUGCAACAAGUGUUGCUGCAAGAGGUUUGGACGUAAAAGAGCUCGAAUUAGUUAUCAACUUUGAUGUUCCGAAUCAUUAUGAGGACUAUGUUCAUCGUGUUGGUCGGACCGGUCGAGCUGGUCGGAAAGGCUGUGCUAUUACAUUUAUAUCUGAGGAAGAAGCAAGAUAUGCACCAGAUCUUCUGAAAGCCCUUGAAUUAUCUGAGCAAGUUAUUCCCGCUGACUUGAAAGCUCUGGCUGAUGGCUUUAUGGCGAAGGUGAAUCAGGGGCUUGAGCAGGCUCAUGGGACUGGUUAUGGUGGUAGUGGUUUUAAGUUCAAUGAAGAGGAGGAUGAAGUUAGGAGAGCCGCAAAGAAAGCACAGGCAAAAGAAUAUGGAUUUGAAGAGGAUAAAUCAGAUUCAGAAGAUGAAGAUGAAGGAAUCAGAAAGGCAGGAGGGGAAAUUUCUCACCAAGCUGUCCUUGCUCAGGCUGCUGCUUUAGCUGCUGCCUCCAAAGUGAGUGCGGCCUCUACUAUGACACCAAUCUCAGCUGCUCAGCUAAAUCCCAAUUGUGCAUUACCUGUUUCCUUGCCUGGUGUACUUGGUUUAACAAUACCAGGUAUAGCCACAGCUGUCCCAGGGACUGGACUACCAGUUGGCAGUGGCGAUGCGGCAGCUAGGGCAGCGGCACUGGCAGCUGCCAUGAAUUUGCAGCAUAACUUAGCAAAGAUUCGGGCUGAUGCUAUGCCUGAACAUUAUGAGGCAGAAUUGGAGAUAAAUGAUUUUCCACAAAAUGCUCGUUGGAAGGUGACCCACAAGGAAACUUUAGGUCCAAUCUCUGAAUGGACUGGGGCUGCCAUCACAACUAGAGGUCAGUAUUAUGCACCUGGCAGGAUUCCAGGACCUGGGGAACGGAAGCUGUAUUUGUUCAUUGAGGGUCCUACUGAGCAAUCUGUCAAGAGGGCAAAAGCUGAACUUAAACGUGCCUUGGAGGAAAUCACAAUGCAAGCUUCAUCACUUCCUAGUUCAGCGCAACCUGGCCGAUAUUCGGUUCUUUAAUCGCAAGUCUUGCAUUAUUAGAUGCUGAUUAGUAUCAUUUUUUGCUUUAUUGUACUGCAGUUUGGGCAUAUUAUUACCAAUUUCAUUAUGUGUUAGAUGUCUUAUUUUCCAGAUCCUUUAUGAGAAUGAGACUGGUCAUUUGUUUCUUAUAGACAGAGACGCUCAUUGGAAUUUUGUUGUGCACACGGUAUCUGGAGGCUAUUGAAUGCUCGGAGUAAUCUGCUGAGAUAGCAGAAGAUGGAAAUGGAUCCAGAGCAGACUUGUUAAGGGUACAAGAGCAAUUCUCGCAGAUGCUGACCCCCAAAAUCAGAGCUAUGCUGGCAUGUUUGUAUCUCUUCUUGGCAUCAUCCUAUUCUAUACUGUCGUUCUCAUGUUCCCCAAUUUUGUUCAGAAGCCUGGUCUAGCGACUGAUUAAAAAAGAAUAAUAUACUGCUAGAUGCCCAGAUGGCAAAGCUUAGUGACUGUGAUACUGGUGAAACUGAAAACCCGAGGCAAAGGGAGAAGGCUCCAAAUCAUGGGGAACCCGCAAUCAAUAUCCUUCAGGUGUGCACUGAGUAAACCCUCAGGCUGACGUAAUAGCCUACAAACUACGCUAACCAGGUAAAUCGCACUAGGCAAGUCCGGUGUGACAAACUCGAUUGAAAAAAUGCUGGUAGGGAAAAUCGAAUUCAUGACCAAAAGUCUUCGCGCUUACCUAUUUCACCAACUCGACCACCCCAUAAGGGGCAUUUGUACCUUGUUUUAUGUUUAUGCAAUCCUCUUUUGUUUAUUUUUA